AAAAGGGAAGGUGGGGUUUUUUCGGCGUUGCUACAACCAAAAGGAGUGGGCUCUUUCCGCGCAGCCGUGGCGUCCCUGACAUCCGAGCAAAGCAAACGUCAGUUUGUUUUAACAAUCACUUGGGUAUAAAACGCUCCAAUCAUAAGAGGAGGCUUGCAAGGACAAAUCCCAGGCUGAGCCCGUUUGGAGGCCACCAUCAGUUAAAAGGCCAUCUCCUCGUUGGGACCUCCGGGGUGGCGAGAAGCAAAAGCCCCAAGAGGAAGAAAUAGCCGCUGCUUCGUUGGAAAAGAAGCCCCGCUUAGCCUUGACUCUUGAACCCUUUCGCCCUUUCUGUCGCCAUCUCUGGAAGGCAUGGCUGACACCUUGAGAAGACUGAUCAACAACGAGACCUGCAGGAUUUUGCAGGAGAAGCUGGAAAGUUGGUAUAAAGACUAUUACAUUAACUCGUGUAAUAAAAAUUUGACUCGGUGCUGCGAAAUCAUGGAGCUGAACUCCAUGAUUCAGGGACAGCUGUUUUCGAUUCUCAAUCAAGCUUGUCAAGAAGGUGGCAAUUAUGAAGGUAUGGAAAUAAUAAAAUCUCGUCUCCUCCCAUGGUUGGGUACUUGCUUUUCUAGCCCUUCAUCUGGAAGCACCCUGGACACAUGUUCUUCUGUAUUACAGGAAUCCCUCGAGAAAGACAGACUGCUGAGGGAAUUAAGCAGCGUUCGGAGCUUUGAAGUUGAACAGCUGGAAAAAGAACUGAGUGCCACACGGUUACGGCUGAAUUUAGUGCAACAAGAUCUGACAGAAGCUAAAUUGUCUCUUGAAGACACAAAGACCAAAUCAGCUACUACUCUUUUGGCAGCAGAAGACGAAAUUGUUCAGCUAAAAACAGACCUAAAGGCUUCUCGGGCAAAAUCAGAUAGCACUUUGGAGAAUCUAGAACAGCUGGAUGAGUAUGAGAAUCAGCUUCAGACGUUGAAGGAUGAAAUUGCUAUCCUUCGGGCUGAGAAGUCUCUUCUUCAAAGCAGACUUGCACGGAAUCGAUCUUCUUCUCCGAGACUUACCCGAAGUAGAUCGCCUAGUCCACCUCCAGCACGAAAUUUUUCGCCCAGCCGAGGGAGACUUACUCAUGCUUUGCGCCACACUCGCCUUGUGGAACGAUUCAACGACAUUUACUCUCAGGAACGCCUAAACGCUCAAACUCUCUUGAGGAGCUACACAGAUGAUCUGGAAACGGUCCAGAGAAUAAUCUAUACCGCUGUUGUGGAGUCCUUCUACGCAGCAAAGAAAGCCUUCAGACAGUUCAAAAUGCGCGUUAGAAAGACACUCUCUCUCAGUUACUCAGGGCCUGAACCCCUUGAAGAUAUGGUGAUGGACUAUAUCAUUCGUCAGGAAGAUCUGUAUGAUGUUCAGUCCAGCGUCAGUGAAGUCAUCCGUGCACUGAACAUCAGUCCUAAGAUUUCUCUUCCAGGAGUUGACUUCAUCAUGAUCGGUAGUUUGAUACGAGAGUUAUGCCGGAUAGCUUUUUCCAUGCAGACUCUGGAUCCUCCUCUGGAUGUUUCUUUUGGUACAGAUGGAGAGCUGUUCAGCGAAUACAAGUACCGUCGCAGCUAUGAUUCUGAUUUCACAGCUCCACUGGUGGCUUAUCAUGUCUGGCCAGCUCUCCUGGAAGAGGACUCAGUGAUUGUGAAGGGAGAGGCCGUAACAAAAAGAGGUGCUCUGUGGUCUUCCAGAAGCAGGAACAGAAGCCACAGUCGCAGUCGUAGUGUUAGCCCUCUGCCUUGUAGUACAGGCUACUCUCGGAAUUUGACAAUUCGAAGCCGGAGCCCUUCCCCAUUAAGGAACGGAAGCCCAAGAAAGUAGAUUCUCCAAUAGGAUAUGGGUUUUUUUUGAUUCUGUACAUCUCGAUCAAUCUGCUUCUACGGUGCCUUCUCCUGUUCCAGCAGUACCUCAAACUACACUUAAAAUAAUGUGAACAACUGUUUUGAAUGCCUCUGACAAAGAUUAGUAUGUUUUUAUAACUUUGCUUUUUUAAAAAACAAAAUGAAUGCAACCAUGAUUUUAAAAUUGCAUAUGCAUCUUAAGGUUUCUUGAUCUUUAAAGAUUGUUUACAUAGCUUGUGACAUCACUUCCUUUGCGGGAAUUCGGAGGGAGAAAUAGGAUAGGAUGCAAACAUUCAAUAUAUUGCAUUGAGACUUUUAGGAUUUAUUUUGAGGACUGCAAUAUGUUGAGGCUGCAUUCAUAUAUCGUAUGUAUUUGUUUGCAUCUGAGUUUUGAUUAAACUCUGUGGGACUUAAUACAGAGUAGAUGUUUUUAAGAGUGCAUGGUAUGGGUGUCUUUUGAAGUAUAAUCACAAGAUGGUGCUUAUUUAGGGCAUUUGAAGUCCAACUGUAAUAAACGGAAUGAAAGAUGCCUAUUGUUGUUAAGAUCAAGCCCAGUAAAAAUAUAUAGCUAUAUUUUCAUGGAAAUAUGAUAGUAACAUUGUGGUUUUUACAUAAUUAUAUAACUGCUGAUGUAAGAAUUAGAAGUUUUAUUUCAGCAGUAGACAUGUACUCAAUUUCACAAUAACAGUGAGUAAUUUUUUUUCAUUGUUCAUGACCGUCUAAAUAAAACACCAUCUUCAUUUUUAAACCUAUAAGAAAUAUAUACAGCACUUAGAUUUUUGAAACACAUUUUCAUUAAGAGAAUGUUUUACAGGGUUACCUACUGGAACAUCCAUUUUCUUCUCUUUAAGGAAUUGACUCUCUGGCUUCACUUAAUGCCAGAACUAAUGUGCCCUUAAAUCCGUAUAAUCAGAAGGAACCAGGGGUGGGAUUCUACUGGUUCAGACCGGUUCGAGCGAACCGGUAACUCCGACGAUCAGCUUGGUGCAAAACCGGUUCGCUCCAAUGAUCAAUUGGGCCCGCCCGCCUGCCCCUGCACUUUACUUACCUUUAUCUUCACAGCUGAUUAACAUGGCAGAGCAGAUUGCUGUGCUUCAGCUGUUUUAAUUCCCUAGCACUAACGCGGAAGGUGAUUUUUUAUUGAACUGCGCGGGCAGCUUGGUGUGGGUGCGCGCCAAGCGCGCGAUCACCAAACCAAUAAUAAACUGGAAGGAUCCCACCACUGGAACGAACCCAAAUGCUCCAUACACUGUUUCAUUUUUUUUGUAGAAAAACAAAGGUUUUUGUAGCAGCACCUACAGUUUUAACAAAUUUAUUCAUGAAUUCGCUUGGUAUUUUACAGUCCCAUUCACCAUAUACAUGGCAUAUACAGAUAGUGAAGUAUUAUUUAUACAUGUAUACCAGUGGUGGGUUCCUCCCGGUUCAGCCCGGUUCGGCCGAGCUGGUAGCGGUGAUGAUGUGACAUCAUCAAACCGGUUCUCUUUGUUCGGGAACUGGGCCCCCCUGCGUUAUUCUUACCUUUUAUUUGGCCCUGCCCCCAAUCUAUUCGCUGCCUCCCGAGUCCCAGCUGAUCGGCUAGAAGGAAAAAAACUGUUUAAACUCUUGCCGCGGGGCUUCAAAGGGCUGCCCUACAGCUGAUCAGUGUUAAAAGGCAGUGAGGUGGUAGAUCAGUGCGCUCCGAAAACAAACGGGUAGACCGGUGCCUCCAAAAACAAAUGAGUAGACCGGAAUGCUCCAAGAACAAAUGGGUAGACCGGUAUAGCUCUGCAAGCAGUUAAAAACCUAGUAGACCAGUACCUCUGCUAAAUCCUAAAGAAUUGUCACAUGACCAUCAAACCACGCCCACAAAAUAAACCACGCCCACAGAACCAGUAGUAAAAAUUUUUAGAACCCACCCCUGAUGUAUACCUGUGUGCCUUCAAGUCAGUGUUGACUUACCUGGACAAGACCCUGAAGUUUUCUUGGUGAUAGUUUUGGAAGUAAUUGAUCAUGGCAUUUUUCCUCAGGCUGAGAGAGAGAGUGACUGACCCUAAGUCAUUCAGCUGGAUUGGUGCCUAAGUUUGGGACACAAACUCAGGCUUGGGGGAAUGGACAAAGGAUUGACGAGAAACAACAUUAUCUUAAGUAGCAGACAUAAACAAAAUGUGACAGAUCUGAGCUUGCACUGAAUUGCUGGUUAAGGAAUUCGGUGCAGUGAUCUUUACCAAGCAAACAUAUUUUAGCUAAAAGCAGUGAUAGCUGAUAUUGUUACUUCUAAUGUUUGGAUCUUUUUUUAAAAUCAAUUCCUUUUUUUUUGUAUGGGUAUGUGUGUGCAUGCUGCUGGAUAAUCUUUUUGGUUGCUUUUUAAAAAAAAAAAAUCAAAUAUAUAGUCUCAUUAUUGUUUUGGACCAAAGAUAAUUGAUUUAUAGGGUGUGUAUUAAAUUUUUAGAAAAAACAUGGUUUUUAUUUUUUAAUUAAGACUGAGUCUUUAAGCUUAAAAGCAAAACAUAUAAACCGAACAUUUCUGUAUCUGAUCUGCAAAAGCUGUAGAUGGCAGUAAAGAUUUAAUUUUUUUGGUAUAUCAUUGCUGCCAUCUGGUGGUGGUAUGGAUCUCUGUAUGCCCAAAAUGGUAGCCUUAAUGAAAGGGCAUACACACUCAAGAGAAGAAGUCAAUUUAAGAUCCCUGGUCUUCAUUAUGCCUCAUUCUGCUACUUUGAAAGGGACAUGGGGUAAAGCUAGUGUAGAAAAAUAUGAUGGUGACAUAAUUUCAGGUCUAUUGCGAAGUCUUUUACACACUCAAGUAAGUGAAUUUAUCAGGUAUCUUUCUAGAGAUCAUGUUUGCAUUUUUGCCUCCUCUUUUUUUUUUCAUAGAAGCUGUGAUCCUUGGACUGGGUAGACCUGAGGUUUAAUCUUUUCUCCCCUCUGCCUCCCGCUAAUAAUUGGGGAAUUUCUCCAAUUCUGAAACUGGCCUAUCUCAAAAGGCUGGCUUCUCAUUUAGAAAGAUGGAUCUUUCUAAAGUAAUACUACCAUGACAUCCCAUAAGAGAGGAAUAAUUGCAGUAAUGGUUGCAAGAUAACUUUGUGGGGAAUCUAAAGGUAUAAACAGGGUAUCUUGUUAUUAAAGUUCCUUCAAAAAAUAUGGUAUUCCAACACAUCGUUAUAUGUCAGCCACAUUUUAAAUACUUUUUAAAAAAUUGUAUUGCUCUGAACGUGUAAUCAGAAACUUGUGUAUUGCCACCAAUUCUUUAAAAUAUAUUAUUCUGGAUUCCUGUU